UACAAACUAAAGUGGUCGACAUUGCCCUUGCUUCAUUAUGGAUCGAAUAUUUCAAAAUUAAUUCUGUAGAAAUGUCUCACUACUGGUCGGAGGAAUGUUUAAAACUACUUGUACCAAAACCUCCGUUAACAAGAAACAAAUGGGAUUUAUUAUUCAAGCCGUUUCCAUUGAGUAUAUGGUUACUAUUAUUCGCAGUUACGUUGUUAAAUAUUUUAACCUUAUGGAUAGUUGCUGUUAUACAACGAAAAAUAAAAUAUAAGCACAUUGACGCUUUUACUUCACUAUCAUCUUCAAUAUUUUGGUUAUUGGGAAUCAUGUUUUUGGCAAGUUUUCCUGUGCAUACUCAUAGAUUAGGUCCAAUAAGACAUUUGCUAAACUGGUGGUGUAUCUUUAUAUUUAUAAUUGCAAUAGCAUUUUCUAGUGUUCUUUAUUCUUACAUUACUUCACCUGAAUAUACUAAUCUUGCGACAAGUAUUGAAGAAAUGGAGAAGGAAGAUUAUACUUGGGGUGGACUUAUCGACCACGCGACUUGGACAUUUGUUUUGAAAAUAGAAAAUCCAAUACAUAAGAAAUUCAGUGUUAGAUUUAUACCGGAAAAAAGUAUAGCUGAACGUAUUGAUCGAUUGGUAAAUGGAAAAUAUGCGGUUUGCACUAAAUUUAUUAACGGAAAAUAUUUUAUGGAGAUGCAAGAUUUACCACCAUAUCUGCUGAGUGAUUUAAGAACAUCAAGAGAAUGUUUGAACUCGUUUUAUAUUGGAAUAGGUUUUACAAAAAAUUCUCCGUUUUUAAAACCGGCUAACAUAGUAAUACGACAUUUAUUAGAAAGUGGUAUCAUUAACUAUUGGAUGAAUCGAAUUUUUGAAAAAAAACUGCCCUUAAAUACAUUUGAUCGAAUUUUCGAACAAAAACCAUUAGCCGAAAAGGAUAGUGGCCCAUCGCCACUCACUUUUGAUCAAUACAAAGUUGUUAUAGUUGUAUGGUUAAUCGGUUGCAUUUUGUCAAGUACAACUUUUAUUUUUGAAUUAAAAUAUGGAAAGGUUUGUGUUAAAGAUAAAAAAAAAAAAAUAUUGUCUCGUAAUAGUGAAAAAAUUCCAAAACUUUUUCAUGGAAGUGAAACUUAAUUUAUGUUAAUAAAAAUAUUAAGGAGCAUGAGAACAAUGUGCAUACUGUGCAAUUACCUUCUUGCUUCUUCCUUUUCCAUCUUGUUGCUAAAAGUUAUUAAUCUUUUAUUUAUAUACCGUAAUGGUAAAAUUAUUUUUAUUAUUAACAUUUAUUGUUAAUUUAUAAUUAUUUUAGACAUCGUCGUUUUGUUGUUCGGUAAGCAAGUAUGUUUUUUUUCGUUCCACUAUAAAGUUUUAUUAUUGUAAUAAUUUUAUUUUCUAUUUUUACUAUAAUCAAUAAAUAAAUUAUACAUAGACAU